AUGAACGAUUCCGGACCGCUUAGUCCAUUCGACAAUGGAUGUUUGUCCUAUUACUUUGAUGAUUUGUCAAUCAGUGACCGAGAAACUAUUGCAGAAGAUGUCAGCUAUACAAUCGAUUCAGAUGACAGUAGUUGCUCCAGAACAGCAUGUUCGUCCAUAUUCGGCUCUGGUCCCGACGAAUUGGAAUCAGAAACAGCGUUGUUUUCAUCAUGCAGUGGCAGCAUCACAAAAUCCAAUGAGUGUCUAAUCGACAUAGAUACAUCAAUUGAUUCCACUUGCCCAAAUCUCGGGAAAACAUCUGAAUGCUGCUUAGUAACAAUUGGAAAAUCUAUUCAAAAAAAUAACUAUAUUGAAGUUAAAUCUUUUGAUCGUAUAAGUACUAGAACAAUUGACAAUGAAGACAAAAUAGCCGGUAGUACAGCUCUAAUUUUAAAUUGUAGACCAACUCAAAUCCCUGCCAAACUACCUAAGGAGCAAUUAGAACACAAAAGACUGUAUGAGAAAAUUUUACAAAAUGCAAAGAAAAAAGAGUCUGAGAAAGCAAAAAAACAUAAAGAACAUUUAAAACAAAAAUUAAAAAACGAAGAACGAUUAGCAAAUGUUACACAAAUAUGGACUCAAGAAAUAAUUCCAAAUUGGCAUAAAAUGUGUCGGACAAAGAGAUGUCGUGAUCUUUGGUGGAACGGUUUGCCAUCGAGUGUACGAGGUAAAGUUUGGUGUUUAGCUAUUGGCAAUGACUUGCUGAUCAAUGAAGAAUUAUAUAAAAGUUGUGUUUUGAACUCAUUCAACAAAUUUAAAGACUCAGAAGCUACCAUGGAUUGCCUAGAAUAUAUUCAUUUAGAUAUUACUCGUACAUUUCCUCAUUUGGGGAUUUUUCAACAAGGUGGACCAUACUUUGAUGUAUUGAAAAGGAUUCUUAGUGCCUAUGUUUGUCUACGGCCUGAUAUUGGUUACAUUCAGGGCAUGUGUUUUAUAGCUGCCAUUUUACUUUUAAAUAUGGAAGAACUUGAAGCAUUUGUUUGUCUAGUUAAUUUAAUGGAAUCUCCAUGCUUGAAUGCAUUUUACACCGUAAACCAACGUUUGAUGACUUCUUAUUUUUCUACAUAUAAUGAUCUACUUAAACAUAAUUUGAAUAGACUCAAUACGCAUUUUAAUCUCAUCGGUCUAACUUCUGAAAUGUAUCUGGUUGAUUGGAUAUAUUCAGUUUUUGCAAAAUCAAUGAACUUAGAAUUAGCAUCUAUUAUUUGGGACAAUUUUUUAAGAGAUAAUGAUCAAUUCUUAUUUAGAGCUGCACUGGGUAUUUUACGCAGUAAUGAGUCUCAGUUAAUGCAAAUGGAUUCUAUAACGUGCGCUCAAUAUUUAACAAAGUUACCAGAAAGUUUUACAUCAAGCGCUUUAUUGAAAUCAACUACUGCUAUUCGUAUGUCUAUUGGAAAACAAUCAUUUAACUCCCUACUUGUUAACAACCAAGCAAAAUGUACCAAAAAUUCUUUAGGCUAA